GGCGCGAAUACGGCAGGGACUAGACGGGAAAGAAAAAGUUACUUCCCGCGACAGUUACUCGCGGACUCUCGUUGCGAACAGAAGAAAUUUUCCGGUCGUGAAAGCAGCAGCAGCAGCAGCAGUAUUCAAAACUGAUUGGGCUCGCUUAUUGAGUCGAGAAGAACAAAAAAAUAGUGGAUAAAAAUUGUGAAAAAAUAGGUUCCAAACUUAAUGUUCCACAUAGUGUGUUUCCUAAAAAAAUAAUGGUUGUCAAAAAUCCAACCUCGUUUAUUUGGGGCUUGUUGGUCGUGUUCUUCAUGGGAUGUGCUGUGAAAGGAGAAUCGUUCAUUGACCUGACCCAGUAUUACCGGAUGCCAAAGCUUUACGCGUACGAUGACUAUGACGAAUGUCUGGAUGCGUACGACACUCCCGAUCCUGUAUACUGUGUGGCGCGUUCGGUUAUAAAACCGGAUAAUAAAUCCGAGCUAUGGAAGUUUAUACAGGACUUUUCCAGUGACACCUACAGACACUUCCGGCACGAUCAUUUGGACAGAGGUUUAUGCGUCGAUCGGUGUCGUCGCUUGAUAACCAGCCUUGACAAUGAAACCGUUCAGCAGCUGUACGUUGAAAAGUUUGACAUUGAUUUCCCUUACAUUAUAGAGGCACGGGCUUUCGAGCACGUGAUUCGCGAUCAAGCUCUGUACGGAAGGUUAAUCAAUAUUUGCGAGAAUUACAUCUUGAAGAAGGUAUACAAUCUAACGGCUUACACGGAAAUCGAGUACUGCACCCGCCCGGAAAGACAAAUCAACAUCGAUCUGCUGGAUAUGAGCUUUAUAGCCAUUUCGAUGCUGUUGGUCUUCCUGGUAUGUGCGUCCAGUUGGUUUGACUAUCGGAUGAACAAAAGCGACAAAAAUGAACACUACCGGCAGGAAAUACCCAGUAAAACUACGAUGUUACUUACCUCUUUCUCGCUAAAACGAAACUGGUACCGACUGAUCAGCCGCGCCAAGGAUCAGCUGAACGAAGAUCUGCGCUUCUUUCAGACGUUUCGAUUUUUCACGUUUUUCUUGGUGGUGGUCGGACACUGUGUCAACAAGUUUGCCGUAACACCGAUCAGCAAUCCGUUUGACAGCGAGCAAGAGUACUACAAUCCGCUUUCGAUGGCAAUGAUCAACGGAUCGCAGAUCGUACAGACAUUUUUCGUGAUGAGUGGAUUCCUGUUGAGUAUUCACUUUUUCACGACCUGUUCCCAGAUGAAAACGGUACCAUGGACGGUGGUUUUGGGUGUGGUGUUUUACCGGUUUGUAAGAUUGACGCCUGCAUAUGCCUAUGUUAUUUUGCUACAUGCUACGUGGUUGCCGAAACUACAGGACGGCCCAAUGUGGCCCCGCGGGGCACAGGCAGAAAAAUAUUUCUGUCGGCAGAACUGGUGGACUAACUUAUUGUACGUGAACAAUUACGUGAACUCUGAUGAACCGUGUUUACAACAAGCGUGGUACCUUGCCUGUGAUUAUCAAUUAUUUGCCCUGGGAAUGAUCUUCGUCGUAGCCAUUACUAAAUACCCCAAGCAGAAGACGGCAAUAUUUUCGACUGUAAUAGGUUUAUCAUACCUUAUUCCAGCCUUCGUGAUCUAUUUCGGCAAAUUCGAUGGUGCCUUUAUCAACCGACCGCAAGAUGAACGAUUUCUGUACUGGUUUGACCGGAUGUAUCAGUUAGUGUAUAUUCCAUUUCACACCAACUUGGGUUGUUACUUCGGGGGAGUGAUUUUAGGUAUUAUCUACUACAAGCAACGAAAGCACAGACAUAACGGAAAUCAAUCAUGGUAUAUGAAACUACUUUGGUAUGGUGCCGCACCUAUCGGGCUGCUCUGUCUGAUGAGUAAUACAAUCUUCUACGUCAAUAACUUCGAGAAACCUUCAAUCUGGAUGGCCAUCUACUAUCCGGUGAUGAAAAACAUUUGGGUUUUCCUCGGGGCCAUCAUCUUGUACGGUAUAAUUUACGAGUAUAACAGGGUGAUUAAGGGAUUCCUGUAUUUCUCGAUUUUCGUUCCGCUCGGAAGGCUAACGUACUGUGCGUACGUGUGCCACGUGUUCAUGUUGAAAAAUGUCUUCUUCGGCUCCAGGGAAGUGGGGUACUUCAGCAAGAUGUCAUUGUUUUCCAAAGUGAUAACGGUAGUGGUGGCGGCUUACUUCAUGGGCCUCUUAUUGGCCCUAGCUCUGGAGCUACCUGCUACUGCAAUACAGAAGCAUUUAUACGCAAAAAAGAUUCAGGAUGCAGCUAGAGGUUCCGGACCAACAAACACUCAAAAGGACAAUGAGAACAUUGUGACAAAUGGACAUUCAUAAACUUAAGUUGCAACCGACUAAACAAAGAUUAAAUCAAAAGACUGUAUUAUUAGUUGUAAGGAGAGUUCAAAAAUACAAUCAAUACUAAAAGUCA